AUGAAAAAAAUAGUUUCUCCCAAGCGUUGGUCUCAACUCAACCAUGUCGAACAUCCUCCACUGAUGAUGAAAAGACUUGUACAGGCAGCUUGCGGAGGCCUGAGAUGGAUCGAAACGAAGAAUAUGGCUCAAUAUAUCGCACGAUGCGCGAUAUCUGAAGGUUUUCACUCGACACAAAAACAACGAAAAACCUUGGGUGAUUUCCCUAAGAAGUCAUCCAUUGGGAGUAACAAGCAGAAGGUGCAUCAAGAUGCCAUGAUACUAGCCUCAAAGAACCAACUUAUGAACUCUCCUGCAAAGAGGCAACGUGUGAUAUUAUACGAUGUUUUGGACUGUACGUUUGGAUCGGGUUAUCAUUCAGGGGCGGUUUUGGAAAAUGGAAGCCCUUACACCCGCGUUGUCGCAUUGGAUUGCGAUGUAGCCACUAGGGUGGAUGCACGUGAAAUAGUUAGCGAGUUUGGCGACGAUCGUUUUUGCUUUUAUUGUAAUCGAAUGUCAGAGUCCUUGAGUAUGUUUGGUGAGCGCUCGUUCGACGCAAUCAUUAUUGAUCCUGGGCCUUCAGUAACGCAACUAGAGGACCCAGAGAGAGGUUUUUUACUUGACAUUGACCACUGCCACGAUUUUGAUCUCCGUUACGCCAUUAAUAGUGGUUUAAGUGCUUUACAGUAUCUGAAUUCGGUGCCUCAAAGCACCUUAUCCAGUGCGCUUCAAUCCUACGGUUUGCUUUCUCCUGAGCAAUCCAUAAAAAUGGCGCGCGCAGUGCGCACCGGUAGACCAUUUCAAAACUCUAAUCACCUUUUAAACAUCAUUACAGCAGCAGGAUUUGGGCUUCCAGAGGAUGGGUGGGCGUUGCAAGGUAGUUGGAAAAAAGCAUCUAUGUCAUGGAAAUUUCUCACUUCACUUCGGUGCAUUAUCAAUAAUGAACUGAGUGAACUGGCAGAAGCUGUCAAGAAUGCGUUUCUCAUGCUGCGAAAUAGUGGUCGCUUGGUUGUCAUUUCGCGCAUGCUGUGGGAGGAGGAGUUUAUCAGCAAAUUCAUUCAAUCUCAUCCUCAUGCACUUUUGUGUUAUAAAGAGGAUAUUGAUUUGGAUGAUGUACAGCGAUACGGACACACUCGACACACAAAGAUGUGGGUGGCUUCACGCAUCGACAAAUCCGCUUAUGUUUUAAAGAACGCAGCUUCGCUCACUGUGGAGGAUGUUCAAAAGAGUUCUGUGCAAUGGAUGGCUGGCAUGUUUGCCAGUCAAACACAUGGAUUUCCCGCGGACAACUUUACUUUCGAGAAUAUGGACGCGAAGGAGAGAAGAAUAAAGCGACGUAACGAAAAUCCGCCCCCUUUUGACAACGAUAACGAUUAUUGA